AUGUUCAGUCAAUGCUCCAAUUUCACGGUCGGGCAGAUGGAUGUGACCAACAUUGAGGGGAAUUAUAUCAACGUGGACUGCUCUGUCCAUAACAGCAAUGCCAAGAUCAUCGUCAACAACGGCGGCCUGAACGUUGAAGGAGACUACAGCGACAAUUCUACUCAUUAUCAUCGCCCUGUCAACAACAUUGGGAAAGCUACAAACGUUAACAGCGGUACGGUCUAUGGGAAUGUUCAUCAACAACAGAGCGCACGCCGCCCUUCUCAUCCAAGGCCUCCCUGCGAUCGCUCUCACGGAUCCCGUGGAACUAGCCCUUCAUCACCCCCUCUCCAUGAGGACCAUCAGUACAGGCCUCCCAUCUCUCGUCUCGGGAGGAUGAAUCCUUAUGCGACAUCACCAUCCAAUGACUCGGAAUACAGCGACGACGCGCACGAUGCUCAACCAAAAUCCGACCAUUAUGAUAAUACUUGGCCAAGGUCGGCACAUGCGCAGGGUCCGCAGAGCUUCGUAUCGCCGGGCGCUCACCAUCGUCCGGUUUCGAGCUCCGCCGUACCUUCUGUCCAUGAACGAACUCGACGGCAACCGAGUCCGUACGGGCACGUGUACAACAGGCCGCCUCGAGGAUCUGGUGAAGAUCUUAAUUCGAGGUUCUAUGGCAUGGACCUACGCGCCGACGAUCCUCCUUCGGAUCCUUCAGAUCGAUUGUCUCCACGUAGCGCCCGUUACCCCAGCUCCCGCUCAUCGCAUCAGCGAAACCCACCUCGCGAGUUCUCCCGGGAGCCCACCCCCGAACUGGUCGAGGAUGACUCCAGCUGGAGGAGGGAGUACGAUGCCAGGCGUCCUCGAUACUCGCGGAACCCCAGUCCUAACCCAGCUCCCUUCCCUCCUACUCCCCAAACAACGAGGGCCCAGGAUACCUUCGACUACCGCCCCGCUCGACCCAAGUGUCACAAGCGGGGUGGGUACAGUGACAAAGAAUGGCCGCAAUCGAGCGACGACGAUUCCGAGUGUUCACCCGAGGACAGAUUGAAAAGGGGGUUGGAGAAAGUGCGAAAUGCAGAGGAUGCGAUGGUGGCGGCUCAGGGAGUCCUGAGUGGGAUCGCCAUGCCUACGCUCAAGCAUGCGCAAAGGCGCAUGGACCAAGGACGCUGA